UUUCAACUCAAUUCAGCCAUUUUGUUUUGACCGCUCAUCGUGGAGAAUUUAUGAUGUAAUGAUUUUUUUUUACAUCGCUUAAGUAUUAAAACUAUUAAAAAGUCGUCUGACUUUUAACAAAAUGGCUCCGGUUCCUAUAGUGGAAGCAGAGCCAGUUCCAGAAAUUCAAAAUGAAACCCCACCAGAAAGUGCACCAUCUAAACCGACAAUCGGUAUCAUAUACCCUCCACCGGAGUUAAGAAAUAUUGUUGACAAGACUGCAAGUUUUGUAGCCAGAAAUGGACCUGAGUUUGAAGCAAGAAUUCGGCAGAAUGAAAUUAACAACAAGAAAUUUAAUUUUCUCAAUCCUGGGGAUCCUUAUAAUGCUUAUUAUCAGCAUAAAGUGAAAGAAUUCAAAGAAGGAAAAGGGACUCCUGAUCCUUCUGCACCACCUGCUCCUCCAAAGCCUGCUCCUGUCGCUAAAAAUGAAAUUCUUAAGUUGGUUGAACCUCAGAUUAUUCCAAAGGAACCUCCACCAGAAUUUGAAUUUAUUGUUGAUCCUCCAUCUAUUUCAGCAUUUGAUCUCGAUAUUGUGAAAUUGACUGCUCAGUUUGUAGCCCGUAAUGGGCGUCAGUUCUUGACUAAUUUGAUGAACCGUGAACAGCGGAAUUACCAGUUUGAUUUUCUACGGCCCCAACACAGUCUUUUUAACUACUUCACCAAGCUCUUGGAACAAUAUACUAAGAUUCUGAUUCCUCCCAAAGACUUGAUGAACAAGUUGAAGAAAGAAUCUGAAAAUCCUAAAGCAGUUUUGGACCAGGUACGCUACCGAGUUGAGUGGACACGUCAACAGGAAGCAAUUAAAAGACGGGAAGAAGAAGAAGCUGAAAGAGAAAGAGUUCAAUAUGCUCAAAUUGAUUGGCAUGAUUUUGUUGUAGUAGAAACUGUAGACUAUCAACCUAAUGAAACAGGCAUGUUUCCUCCUCCAACCAAUCCAGAUGAAGUGGGCAGUAGAGUCUUGCACCAACAACGUAUUGAAGAACAGGGAGGGGUGGAAGAUGUUGAAAUGGAAGUUGAAUCUGAUGAAGAAGGAAGUGAUAGAGAAGUGUCCAAGAAUGACAAAGAAAAGAAUAUGGAAGAAAGUUCCUCUUCUUCAGAUGAAGAAGGUGAAGACAAGAGAGGUGCCAGUCCACCUCCUCUGCCUCCCAAAGAAGCUCCUCCUUUACCUCCACCUUUGCCACCUCAACCUGACCAAGUGGUCAUUCGCAAAGAUUAUAAUCCUAAAGUGGUAAAACCAGCUCCACCAGUGACUGAACAAUUCUUGAUCUCUCCUAUUACUGGAGAAAGAAUCCCAGCUGAUAAAAUGCAAGAGCACAUGAGAAUAGGUUUGCUGGAUCCACGCUGGGUGGAACAGCGUGACAGAGCUGUGCAGGAGAAGAUGACUCAGGAAGAAGUUUAUGCCCAUGGUACUUCCAUCGAAAGCAGUUUGAAGCAAUUUGCUGAGAGACGUACUGAUAUUUUCGGCUCGGGUGUUGAAGAAACUGCUAUUGGUAAAAAGAUUGGAGAAGAAGAGAAAAAACGCCCCGAAAAAGUCACCUGGGAUGGUCACACUGCCAGUAUGGAAGCUGCUACACGAGCUGCUCGGGCCAACAUCACCAUCGAGGAACAGAUUCAACAAAUUCACAAGAUCAAGGGAUUGCUGCCCGAUGAAGAAAAAGAGCGUAUUGGUCCAUCCAAGCCUCAGGAAUCUGCUCCUGUUUCCACAGCAGCCUCUUCCUCUGCUCCACCUCUGAAACUGAUAACCCUCCCAGCCACAACUACAACAGCAGCCACCUCUUCUGCUCCUCCACCACCUCCCUCAGCCACCACCACUGCUGCUGUUUCUAAACCACCUCCACCACCUGUGACUACUGCCCCUCCAGUGAUUCAACAACCUCGCCCUCCACUUCCUCCCAUACCCCCUAUACCAAUGCCUCCCACAAUUUUACCACCCAGUGCCAUGCCCAUGCCUGCUCAAGGAUUGAUUAUUACACCAAUUCCACCUCCAGGACCACCUCCACCACAUCUUAUGGCCAUGCCUCGUCCACCCAUUCCACCAGUGAUGGCUCCACCUGGAACUCCUUUUGGUCCACCACUUAUGCCUCCAGCCACCCAGCCUAUUGCACCUGCUUCUGAAGAUGAACCUCCACUAAAGAAACAGAAAACAGAGGAUUCUCUUAUACCAGAAGAUGAAUUUCUUAAAAAGAACAAGGACCCUGUGACUUUCCGUGUCCAAGUCCCAUCCAUUCCAGAGAAGCAAGAAUGGAAAUUGAAUGGACAAGUUUUAGCUUUCACUUUACCAUUAACAGAUAUGGUAUCUAUUAUUAAAGCAAAGAUUCAUGAAUCCACUGGAAUGCCACCAGGAAAACAGAAGUUGCAAUUAGAGGGCAUGUUUAUUAAAGAUUCCAAUUCAUUGGCUUUCUACAAUAUCUCCCCAAAUUCCAUUGUAUCUCUCCAAGUGAAAGAAAGAGGAGGAAGAAAGAAGUAAAGACUUUGUGUUUGAAGAAUACUGUUUCCAGUGAAGUCAUUGAACUUUUUAGUUAAUUUUUCUCCUAACAGGCAAAUAUAUUUUCCUGAAUUUGAAGAAUACCUAUUAAAAAGGAAAUAAUGUUAGUGUUCCUUUUAACAUUGCUUCUAUAAUUGAAUUUUUUUAUUAUUAUUAUUCUCUUUAAUUAAUGAUUUUUAUGUUAAGGUAAUUUUUUUUUCAUGCAUUAGUAGCUUUUAUAUCCAUUUCUUUAAAGGAUGAUAUUUCACUCAGUUAUGUUUAUUGCAUUUCACUGAGUUCAGUUUAGAAUUGGUUUCCAGUUUUGCUUGUUAAAAUAAAAACUGAGGCAUUGUAUAUAGAAUGUAUCUGGAUAUUUUGAAUAAAGUAAGCUUUCUU